AUGGAAAUGCUUGAGAUCCAAAACCGAUACACAUAUGCUAAUAGGAUUAAUCCUGGUUUCUGGCCAAACCCCUGGACAGGUUUGCCACGUAACACCACACGGACUAUUCACUGCAGGAAGGGCUGGUCUUACUACGAUGGAUCGUGUUAUGUUUUUGUCACCAGGGAGAAGGACACAUGGAUUGAAGCUGUAUCCUACUGUCAGGCAGUCCAUGGCUCCUUGAUAGACAUCCUGGAUUGGAGAGAGAAUAACUUCAUAAAAUCUGAACUAUUACAGAGGCAUGCAUCAGGCAAGAAUUGCUUUGUCUACAUGAGUGCCGCUGAUAUAGAAGUCGAAGGACAGUGGAUUUGGUCAAACACUUGUGUUCGGGUUGUUUACACGGACUGGGCACCCACUGAACCAUAG